AUGCUAAAGUUGCUAACGUUUUAACUCUUCUUAGACAUUUCAUAAAUGUUGCCUUGAGAUCCAGUUUUGGAUAACCAAACCACGUUCACAGACAUUUUUAAUCGGACUUUGUUCGUAGUUUAAAGAUGUUUUCCAUUAAAAUCAUCAUAUUUUAGGUUUCAGUCUUUAGCUUUGUUAGCUUAAAGGAAGUUUAGCUGCUAGCUAACGUAACUGAGUGUUUCUGGAGAAAGAGAGUCUGUGGGUUCUUCUAAAAAUGUCUAAAGUCCAAAUACUGAAGGUUUUCAUCAACCAGAGACUGAGUGCAGCUGCUGAAGAGAUCUUUGAGCUGUUUGAAAGAACGAUAUUAGAGUACGAGGAGAAACUCUGUGGAUCGAAAGAGAAUCAACACAAACAGAUGGAGAACCCCAACAGAGCAGGUUUGUUCUGUUUUACAGUUUUAAAGGUUAUACAAAGUUUUUUUUGGGAGGGGGGGUGGUACCUUGCGGAUUUUAAUGUUGAACUUAAGAAGAAAUUGUUACAGAGUUGUUAGACCAAACUAUGGUCAUAAUAAAACAAUUGUUCUUAAGACAUCAUCAUAAUAGCUGAAUAUAAUACAAGAUCACACCUGUUUCACUCUACAUCAGAAAUAUUACUUUUAAAAGUGUUCAGGCGUGUUUAUUGUUUCUUAUUUACAUGCUUUAUGUGUAAUUUUGUAUUUCUGUCCACACUUUGUGUUUGUACGCGACCAAAUGGGCUAAAAGUGCAGUAGGCAGGAUUCUGUUAAAGAAGCAUCUUUUUUUGUGGUGAAUUUACAAAAAAUCCUUUAAUAUCAGUCAAUAGUUCUCAGUUAUUGAUGACAUUUGGGAAUAUAUCGAUAUCUCUGUGUUCUCUUAUGUCUGUGUCGUCACAUUUUAACAUUUUUGAGCGGUCCGCUCUUUCUGACUGUAAACAAAGCCGUUCUUCACCUCCCCGACCUGAUUGGUUGUGAGGCAGACACUGCUCCCCCGUGUCGUUCAGGAGCCCAAACAAAGUUAGCGUGCUACAAUAUCGGACAGUAGAAACCAACCAGAAAGUUCGGAAAACUGUCAGAAUCCUCCUUUGGCCAUGACUGCCGACACAAGCAAGAAAACAAAGUAAAUACCGGAGACUCUGGAGGAAUAACGGGCGCUUAAAACGGAGGUAGACCGGACAAGAGCUAAAAAGCCGGGUCAACAUAAACCAUGGGGGACGCUUGGGGAUCUUGGUGACCCUGUAACCUUUCUGCUGGACAGGUAAACCGCUUUAACAAAGUAAGACAAGUGUCUGUAACAGAAGUGUUUCUUGUCAAACGGACCUGCUGUAGCGUGUUGUAGCGCCAUCGCUAAACUGUCCUCCCUCAGGUCCUGGACUAUGUCACUUUAUCCUUGUUGUAGAAGUCCUGCAAACAUUGUGUUUGCUGGUAGUCUGUUGGCAUCUACAGUAGCACCAAUGCUUUUGACUUUCACCUUGACUGGGCCCCAUUUGUAAUUAUCCGAAGUAUUUCUUUGCAUUAUAUCAGAAUUUAAUUGGAACGAUACGAGCGAGCAGGAGCGUCUGUUUGUGGGCGGGGCUUGCUGAAGCAGAGAGGGAGGGGAGAGGAGGAGCUGAGGGGGAAACUGGUUGGGAGGGGUAGAGUUUACAUCCAAGAUUUCUCCUAAAAACUGGAACUUCCUCAGAUCCUGACUACCCCACCUUUAAUUAUUCAGGUCCUUUUAAAAAGGCCCAUUGGACAGGUGUUAUAAAGCAGUUGUGGGGCAGUUCAAUAAGACAACACAGGAUUGGAGACAGCUGAUAGUGCAAAAAAAACUAUUCAGAUCUGAUAAACAAUAGCAGAAUAUUGAGCUCUGUCAGCAGUUUAAAGAGAAGAUAUUUUAUCACUUCCAACCUUCGCACAUCAGUCAAAGAUCUUUCUUUGUCCCUCUAAAAAUAAAAUAUAAUAAAACAGUGAUAUCAGUGGUUUUAAUAACAAUCUUUGUUGUUCUCCACAGACAUCCAGCAGCUGCAGGUACAUAAAGAAGAGGUUCUGUCUGAGCAGCAGAGGAGUAGUACCAGUCUGGACCAGGAGGACCCAAUAAAACCACCACAUAUCAAAGAAGAAGAGGAGGGACUGUGGGCCAGGCAGGAGGGAGAGCAGCUUCAGAGACGAGAGGAGGCUGAAAUCAGCAUGGUAACAUUAAUGCCUCUUCCUGUGAAGAGUGAAGAAGGUAGAAAACAAACUGAGGAGAACAGAGAUGGAGAUCAUUUGAAAACAAAAGUUGAUGGAGAGAGCUGUAGAGGAUCAGAACCAGACAUGGACUUUAAUCCUGGAAGACAUGUGCAACUCGCUACUGAUGAGGAGACUUCACCCUCUGACUCUGACACAGACGACAGCAGCUGGGAUUGGGAGGAGAUCAGUGAACUGCGCUCAAGUUUCAACUCUCAGCAAAACAAAGAAGAAACUUUCAGUAACGCCGAGUGUAGUACUGUAGAAACAUCUGUGAGCUCCUUUGAAUGUGCCGCAAGUUCUGGGCAAAACGAACAUCUACAAGACAAAGGGAUCCAAACAGAAGAGAAACAGUACAGCUGCCACAUUUGUGAUAAAAGAUAUUCAAGUAAAAAAUGUUUACAAAAACACACCAUACGUCAUUCAGAAGAAAAAAGUUACAGCUGCUCCGUUUGUAAGAGAAGCUUUAACUGGAGAGGAGAGUACGUGAGGCACAUGAGAACGCACACGGGAGAGAAACCUUACAGCUGCUCCGUUUGUGGUAAAAGAUUUUCACUCAAUGGAAACCUGACACAACAUUUUGCCGUCCACACGGGGGAGAAACCGUUUAGUUGUUCAGUUUGUGGUCACAAAUUCACACACCGAGGAGCACUGAACAGACACUCUGUUGUCCACUCAGGAGAGAAACCGUAUAGUUGCAGCAUUUGUGGCAGGAGGUUUGGUCUUCCACAAUAUGUCAAAUUACACAAGUGUGGAAGUAAAAACAGCAGAUGUAAAUGAUUCCUCUAGAUUCUCACAGGACCAGAGCUUAUCUUAAUAUUUACUGUUUUUAAAAUGGACUUUACACACAGGGAAACUUGGUCAUUCAAAACUCCAUUUACAUUCUAAAAAUCUUUACUCAAGCGCCCUUAAUGUCUGUUUUUGUCAUCAUCUUUGCCACAACAAAACAAAUAGUCACACGACUGAUUUUCAUGAUGAAGUAAUUUAUACACAUGCUUUCAUUUUUAUAAGUAAUUCUAAUUUAUAUGCAUGAUUUCAUUAUUUUAAAUUCAAGUGUUAAGAUUUGAUUAUAAGGGUACUGAAAACAUGAUUUUAUCUAAAAUGAGUUUCCAAAAAGACUUGGAUUGUUUUAUUCACAAAGCUUUUCUUGACAUUGUUUUCAAAAAAGUCAAACUGUUUACAAUUUAUGUUCAGAAAAAAAUAAAGACAAGUGUGAUCCAAUAAAA